GUUGGUGGCGCAGAAUAAAAUUGUCGUCCAGUCGUACGUUCAACACGACACGUUUUGAGCGAUCUCUCUACAUCAAGAGGCGGAUGGCGUUACCGUUUGAGUUCGACAGUAAAUUUUGGGAGAAUUUAGCAGAAGACAUGAAAUGUUCGAAAACCCUCCUCAUGUCCGAAUGCAAAUUCAAUACCAAAGGUGCCAUCAAAUGGUCUGCCAGUGAAGAACGAAAAGUGGAGAUAUGGGAGAAGAUUCAAAUAAAAUUAAGCGAUAGAAGCACCUUGGGUCUUCCGGCUAACGCAAACAUUUCAGAAGACGAGUUGAUUUUUGACAAGAAGUUGAAAAAUAGUGCCGUCAUCAUCUCUGGUGGUGCCGGAACCGGAAAGUCGACGGUAUUAUCUCACUACUGUGAAGCAAUUAAGAAAACAAAACCAACUCGCUGGAUCAGUAGAAUUAAUUUGGUCGAUCAUUGCGAAAUUCUAUCGAAAUUUGAACCCAAAAUGAAGGAUAACUCGUCCAACGAAGAAGAUGAGGAGUAUUUCUCUACGACCAUCGACUUUUUCGUCAACGAACUCAACAUUCGUGACUGUGGCGAUGCGUUUUCCCGUUCGCUAUUGAGGCACCAGCUGAAGAUGGGCGACAAUAGGGUCGUCGUCAUGUUGGACGGUUUCGACGAAAUCAGCAGUCAACUUCAAGAGAAAGCGAUUCACCUGAUGAAAGCCAUCAUCGCCAACAAAUCGGUUCAACUAAUUGUCACUACUCGGCCUCACAUGAUGGACCAGUUGCAGUUGCAGUUGUCUCAAUUGGCUUACAGUCUGGAGAACUUCACCGAAAAGGACCAGAUUGAUUACCUGUCCGAGUAUUGGGAAACUAACCUGAAGGAGCUGGAAGACAAGUCCGUCGUCAUCCGCAAGUUUUCCGAGUAUUUCGUCCAACGUGUGUCGCAAACUCUGAAGGACAAGGAGAAAUCCUUCAUCGGAAUCCCGUUGCAGUGUCGCUUAAUGGCCGAGUGCUUCCAGUCAGACCUACAGGGAAUAAUAAAAGAAAAUAGAAACGACAGUGAAAUCCAGAAACUGCUUGAUGGACAGAAAUUCGAUCUGGCCACCACGUACAAUCGGUUGAUGGAAACGAAACGACGAGUGUUUCUCCAAGAAAAGAUUAGUGUGUCGGCUCCCAACCCAAUAGUGGCCUACGCUAUUGACAGUUUCAUCAAGAAGAUCGAAUUUCAGCUGACCAAAUUGGCCAUAGAGACGAUUUUUAUCGAUCAGGGGACAGUGAAUCUCUUGUGCCCACCCAAUUCGCAGCACCAGUCAAAAUUCGAAAAGGCCGCCGAGGAAAAAGCCAUUGCCGAAUGCGGUCUCAAAUUUGGUUUGACAUUUCACAACGGCGAAAAAGUUCAAUUCCUGCAUCGAACCUUGGCCGAAUAUUUGGUGGCAAAAUUCUUUUUCCAAGGAUUCAGUUUGGAACAAGAAAAACACAAUGGGCUUUUGGAUAAGUCUGUCGUUCGUGAUUUGAUUUUCAGUGUCGUGAUGACGAAAAAUAACGGCAUCUACGAUGGCGUCCAAAUGUUUUUCGAUUCGUUUUUGGCAGAGUUAGUCGACGAGGAUGAAGAGUGGCGCAACAUCAUUGACAAACGCCUCAAGAACAAAUUCCCUGAACGCUUCAAAUCUUUCAUGAAUGGCAUUAUCAACAAACAGCAAUCAGUUUACGUUGUGGAUCCCAACAUUUUGGAUGUGCCCAUCAUUCAGAGGAAUACGAACCUCUUUAAAUUCAUUUGCGACUGCCUCGAUAUGAUGAUUGACCCGGUUAAACUUCGAAAAAGUAUGUCCUCUUUGUUUCGUGUCAGCAGCAAAUUCUUUUACGAGCAAAGUAGCGAAGCCUACAAGCGACUACUCAGCUAUUUCAGUAGUCCCAGCGAGUCCGAAUUGAACACCAUUCUUGAUCACAUUUUGUACUACCCCAUGCAAAUUUACCUGGACGAUUUGUUAUGGAAUGAAGUAGAAAAGAAGAAGAUCCUGAAACUUGUUCUCGACUUUAUGGGAAAGAACCUGGCGACUAUGAAGCGAAUUUUAAAAGACCCAAGUUCGAAUGCAGAAAAGCAAAUGAAGUUUGCACUUCACUUUUUCAUGUGCAACGAUUAUUACGACAACGAACUGAAGCAGUAUCUUGAACUCUUGUCAUCCGCCUACUCCAGCGAACCCUCGUUUCUCAACCUGUUCAGGGCUACGUUCAACAUAUCCGAGUCGCAUUUCGUGAGCUUUCAGCUGAAUGGCAAAAUGGAGAAGACGGUGGUUAUUCUACGAAAUCUUGGACGGAACAGAGUGCUGGAGGCACUUUCUCAUGUAGUGCUCCUGCGGGAUCCGGAAGUGUUUCGACGCUAUUACGAACCAUCUCUAUCACUAGACGAAACGGACGUCGUGCCGACUAAUUUGCAUCAGCUGUUGGCCCGGGACCAGUACCGAAUGACCCAACUCGACCGAGCUGCAUUCCGCGGUGACGUGAGAGCUGUCGACCGCAUACUGCAAACGCUUCGCCACAGUCUGAGUCCUACCGAAACCAAUCAAGAAGUGAAGAAGACGGCCAAGGAAGUGGUAGAUGACCUGGUUUUUCGUGAGAGUCAAGAUUUCACUUCAUUUUUCGUGGCCGCCGCUUUCGGUCACGAAGAAAUCUGCCGCAAACUGCUCGUCUUCUUCAAAGAACUUGUGAACAUGAAGGUAUUGCCCUUGAAACAGCUACAGGAUUUCUACGUCGCCCCCAAUGGAAUGAUCUACAAGGCCGCUCAGCUUGCCAUUCGUUUCGUCAAAUUGCCAAUGUUCCGGGUGAUUCUGACGUCUGUCAAACAAAUAAUGAGGCAGCGCCCUCUCGUUUGCUUAGUGAAAGAGUUCACUAAUAACAGUAGAGAGUGGUUCAAAACAUUGACUGAAAUCGUGAUUGAUGGCACGGAGGGAACAACAGGUUGCCAGCAUUUGAACGAAAUCGUUUUUCACGAUUCAGACACGCUCGAGAGCAUCAGCAUCAUCGAAGAAGAAACGUUCAACAAAAUGAUGUCGGCGAUGGGAGUUCAAAAAUGGAUCAAGAAGUUUUUCAGUGUCGACACCAUCAGAGGCAUCCAGGUGCUCACGCGUCACCACCUCGACCAUUUCGACAGAAGCCAAAUGUUGGAUUUCCUCACGGUGUACACGGCCAGUCAAGGACCGUUCAACAGCAUUUGGUAUCACAUUCUCAAUUUCGACGUGGCCAAAGACGAUUCCGUAUUCCGCUAUCCGGAUUUCGAGUACGAUUUCGACAAAAUUCUGGAAUGUGCUGCGGCUAAACUGGGCCGGGAGGAAUUACGAAACCUGCUGUUUGACCCCCAGGGUGUCGUGCUCAUUAUUCGUUCCAUCUUCCUGUCGUUGCUGGACUACGGCGAAAAGAGUCUGGUCAACAGGCUGUUGGAUUCCCUCAAAGUCGGCGAACAAGAUGAGACAAUUGAAUUGUUAAUGGACAACAUGCCUAGCGUGAUUACUUACGUAAUGAAACCCUUCAAGGAGCGACAUUCCCGGAAAGAAAUUACGCAGGCCCGUAUGAAAGUUUUGGAUUUCAUUUUGGAACACCCGGAUUAUUGUUACGACGAUCUGCCCAAAAUAGCUGAGGCUAUGCUUUCCGAGCACGAAGAUUACGGCGGAGUAAAGCGCAACAUUUGGAGUUACAUUGUCCAUUUGGAUUCCGUCUAUUCUUUAAAAGAGAUGAGCGACAAAUUGCUGAAACUCGUGAACUGCUUGUGCACAUCGCCAACUGUUGCAAUGGCGGAACGCCUGAAUAUAACUCGCAGACUUUUGGCCCAAGUGACGGCAGAUCGAGCAAGAGGCAAAUCGUCGUCUUCAAGAUAAUUGCACAAAAGUGAAGGAGCUAUUACAAAACCUCAACUAUGUAUUUUUUUGUUGUCUCUAUUUGAAUCAAGAUUUUCCAAGUUUUAUCCUUUUGUUUCAAGUGCCCCAGUUUCCUAUUCCAGGUCUCAUAUGUUUCUCAUCAAUUUGUGUUUACUA